AUGAAGUUCAUCCUCUUGUUGUUGUUUGUUGCUUUAUCCGCAACAUCUUCGAAUUGCCAGUUCUAUGGGGGGUUCUAUCAAUACCCUGGCCCAAGUAUGCAAGCCCCUCCAGUAGGACCUCCAGCAGGACCACCCGGACAGUGGAACUAUCAACAAACUUACGAAAACUACAACAACAACCCAGGAAACCCCGGGAACCAGUACCCUGGUUUCACCUCAGAUUCUUUCUACAAUCCGAAUUUCCAGAAAGAUCCAUCAGUUCCAGAAAAGAAAACAUACAUGAAUUACAACAUGGAAGCUAACUACCAUGUAAGCUCCGAGGAUGACCCGAAUCUGACAAAGGAUCCGUACAGAUCAUAUCAGGCGAGUGUUGACGUCUCUCAUUUUAAAAACGAAAAAACUUAUUCGUAUGGACAAAAUGAGUAA